GCCCUAACGUACGGAAAUAGUGUCCUCUGCGUGUCAGCUUCAUAUUUUGGAGAUUUUAGUACGACAUCGGGGAACUUUUGGCAUACUAAAUAUAUCCAUACUAUGAUCAAUAAUCAUACUAUAUACCCAAUCACGUUACAAAUAGUGUGUUUUAGUAUGAGUAUUUUAACACAGCUCUACGGUCUGGUUUAAUUUAAAAGAACGGAAGAAGGAUCGUUCAUCCAGGAAGUGAAUUCAACCAAUAGGAUUUUGGCAAAGCGUCCUAAACUGACGUCAACCCGGUAACGAUGAACAACCGGUAGGAUUGUAGAGAAAUCUGUGCUGAUUUUCCGUUAACUGAAUUGUUUUAAUAUACUCAUCUAAAACGUGCAAACAUCAUGGUUUUCGAUGUGAGGAGGUUGGAUAUCUACAGGAAAGUACCCAAAGACCUGACCCAGCCCACGUACACAGGAGCUGUGGUGUCCAUUAUCUGCUGUGUCUUCAUGUUGUUCCUGUUCCUCUCUGAGCUGAAGGGAUUCAUAGCCACUGAAAUUGUUAACGAGCUGUAUGUGGAUGACCCUGAUAAGAACAGUGGUGGGAAGAUUGAUGUGAGUUUGAACAUCAGUUUGCCAAACUUACACUGUGAUUUGGUGGGUCUUGAUAUCCAGGAUGAGAUGGGUCGUCAUGAGGUGGGGCACAUAGAUAACUCCAUGAAGGUUCCUCUCAACCACGGACAUGGCUGUCGUUUCGAGGGAGAGUUCACUAUUAACAAAGUACCAGGUAACUUCCACGUGUCGACCCAUAGCGCCACAGCCCAGCCCCAGAGCCCUGACAUGACGCACCUCAUACACAAACUGGCCUUCGGGGAGAAACUACAGGUGCAGAAUGUCCAAGGAGCCUUUAAUGCGUUGGGAGGAGCUGACAGGCUGGUCUCCAACCCUCUGGCAUCUCAUGACUACAUCCUAAAGAUUGUCCCAACAGUCUAUGAAGACCUGAGUGGAAAACAGAGGUUCUCCUACCAGUACACAGUAGCCAACAAGGAGUACGUAGCCUAUAGCCACACAGGAAGGAUUAUCCCAGCUAUCUGGUACCGCUAUGACCUCAGUCCAAUCACAGUCAAGUACACAGAGAAGAGACAACCCCUCUACCGGUUCAUAACUACGAUCUGUGCUAUCAUCGGGGGGACGUUCACGGUAGCAGGCAUCAUAGACUCCUGUAUAUUCACAGCCUCCGAGGCCUGGAAGAAGAUCCAGAUAGGAAAGAUGUCCUGAGGACAUAUCACUACGCUGUCCCGAGGACGCAUCACUACGUGUCACUACGCCCUCAUAAAACGUAUUUCUAACAUCCAGAAGGGUGUAUCUCAAUAGUCUACAGGCCUCCUCUCCUUCACCUGCUAGAAUAAUAAUAUACACCAUUUAGCUGAUGGUUGUUUCCUAAGCGACUUAGUCAUGUUACACAUUAUUCUUUAUGGGUGGCCCCAGCGGGAAUCGAUCCCACUAUCCUGUCGUUACAAGUGCCAUGCUCUACCAACUGAGCCUUUACAUUCCUUCAUCUGUCAGAGCAGAGGAAGGAAAGGAGACGAGGCGAGGAAGCGACUCCAGACUAUUGAGAUGCACCCAGAGACGGGCAGUAUAUUUCCCCAGAUGACAACAGGAUGGAUGGUUAACUGAUUGUUUUCAAAUGGCACCGUUUACCCUUUUAUAGUGCACUUCUUUAGGAGCCUCAUAAAUAGUGCACUUCUUUUGGGUCCUCAUAAAUAGUGCACUUCUUUUGGGGCCUCAUAAAUAGUGCACUUCUUUAGGAGCCUCAUAAAUAGUGCACUUCUUUAGGAGCCUCAUAAAUAGUGCACUUCUUUUGGGGCCUCAUAAAUAGUGCACUUCUUUAGGAGCCUCAUAAAUAGUGCACUUCUUUAGGAGCCUCAUAAAUAGUGCACUUCUUUUGGGUCCUCAUAAAUAGUGCACUUCUUUAGGAGCCUCAUAAAUAGUGCACUUCUUUUGGGUCCUCAUAAAUAGUGCACUUCUUUAGGAGCCUCAUAAAUAGUGCACUUCUUUUGGAGCCUCAUAAAUAGUGCACUUCUUUUGGAGCCUCAUAAAUAGUGCACUUCUUUUGGAGCCUCAUAAAUAGUGCACUUCUUUUGGAGCCUCAUAAAUAGUGCACUUCUUUUGGAGCCUCAUAAAUAGUGCACUUCUUUUGGAGCCUCAUAAAUAGUGCACUUCUUUAGGAGCCUCAUAAAUAGUGCACUGAAUUAAAUAGGGUGGUAAAAUGUAGUAAUUUGUCAUUCAAUUUUUUUCUCAUGUUUCUUUCAAAUGUUUUUUUUUUGCAUAAUAUUUUGUACUUUGUGACAUGAAGUGAAUAUAUACUGUCUUUUUCAGGUGUAAAAUACCACAUUGUAACAUACUGUAUUUAUGAUUGUAUUGUGGAAUGAAUCACACUGUCACAUCAAGCCAUUGGAAAUAUAAUGAAUCAAUUGUGCCUUAGGUUUUUUUUUUAAAGCCCAUGUCAUACAGUAUGUCUCUCAAAUCAAGUGUUUUCAGCUUUCUGGGUUGUUUGGUUUCUCAUUUCAAUGUUGUCUGAACCAGGCUUAUCUUAUUGUCAGUUCAUAAGGCUGAAUCUAUUACGGUAUUGACUGAAUAAUGGACCAACUCUAGAAGUAGUCUUGGUUCUAGAAGUAGUCUUGGUUCUAGAACUAGUCUUGGUUGUAGAACUAGUCUUGGUUGUAGAACUGACCUUGGUUGUAGAACUGGCCUUGGUUGUAGAACUGGCCUUGGUUGUAGAACUGGCCUUGGUUGUAGAACUACAACGUGGUCAAUGUUUACUGCCCCGCCCACUCUCCUUUUUUAUAGAAUGUUUCCGAAAUCCAUUGUGACUGACCGUACUAUCUGUUCAGUGUCCUUGUGUCAAAUCCAUUUGUUAUGAAGUUGUUUUCGGUUUUAUCUACUUUCUGAAAAUGUUCAAAGGAUUUGUACGUCUUUAAUGUUUUUGCCAAAAAGUUAUAGUAUUUUCUUAGUUCCUCCUAAUGUUUUCUGAAUGUAAACGUGUGUAUUCUUUUGAUUUGUAAUUGAUAACAAUCGGUAUUAUCCGUUUGACGUUGUUACAGGGUUUCUGUGGGAAGGGAGGGAACUGUUUUAGUUAUAAGGGCUAUAUCCCAAAUGUCACCCUAUUGCCAAUGUAGUGCAUGACUUUUAGACCAGGGCCCAUAGGGCGCUCAUCAAAUGUAGUGCACUACACAGGGAAUAGGGUGCCGUCAAGAUGUUCUUUAUCAAUGGUCUCAUCACUACCAUGACAACUAAGAUGAAAGCCAUUGAUAAAUAGAAGUCUUUAAAACUGGUAUUACUCGACUAGGUCAGACAUUUUCCUGUCAUGAAAGAAGCAGAUGAUGUGUGCAACAACCAGUAAAGUUACUUUAGCAACCA